GGAGAGGCAGGAAGAGGGGGAACAAAGACAAGAAGUUCAACGUCAUUUUCCAGAAGUGACUGUGUGAGAGAGCAGCAGCAGAGCUGCAGUUGAGUCCUGUUUGUCUCUAAAAGAAGAUUCACUGGAGUCCAUCAGGUUUCUCUCAGCAACAGUGAGUGCAGACAUGUCUGCUGCCAGCAAUCUGCGAUCUGAAGAUCAGUUUCUGUGCUGCAUCUGUCUGGAUGUGUUCACUGAUCCAGUCUCUACACCAUGUGGACACAACUUCUGCAAAACCUGCAUCAGUCAGCACUGGGACAUGAGUCAGAGCUGUCAGUGUCCCAUGUGUAACAAGACUUUCUACACUAGACCUCAGCUGAGGGUCAACACCUUCAUCUCUGAGAUGGUUGCUCAGUUCAGACGUGAAGCUCAGCAGAAAGCCAGCAGCAGCAGCUCAGAGCAACAAGCUGCCAAACCAGGAGAAGUUCCCUGUGACGUCUGCACUGGAACCAGACUGAAGGCCCUGAAGUCCUGCCUGGUGUGUCAGACCUCCUACUGUCAGACUCACCUGGAGCCUCAUCUGACAAAGAAAGGUCUGAGAGGACAUCAGCUGAUUGAUGCUGUGGAGAACCUGGAAGGCAGGAUGUGCACGAAGCACGAUAAACUUCUGGAGCUGUUCUGUAAGACCGACCAGACAUGUGUCUGCAUGCUCUGCUCUGUUUUAGACCACAAGAACCACGAGUUUGUUCCUCUGAGAGAAGAAUAUGAAGGAAAGAAGGCAGAGCUGGAGAAGACAGAGGCUGAGAUUCAGCAGAUGAUCCAGAAGAGACGACUGAAGAUUCAGGAGAUCACAGAGUCGGUGAAGAUGAGUAAAGAUGCUGCAAACAGACAGAAAGCAGAAGGUGUUCAGGUCUUCAUUGCUCUGAUGGAGUCUGUUGAGAGACGCCUGAAGGAGCUCAUGAAGGAGAUCGAAGACAAACAGGAAGCUACAGAGAAACAGGCUGAAGGUCUCAUCAAAGAUCUGGAACAGGAAAUCUCUGAGCUGAUGGAGAGAAGCUCUAAGGUGGAGCAGCUCUCACGCUCUGAAGACCACCUCCACCUCCUCCAAAGCUUCUCCUCCCUGAAAGCUGCUCCACCCAGCAAGGACUGGACAGAGGUCAGAGUCCAUCCACCAUCAUAUGAGGGGACUGUGGGGAGAGCUGUGGCUCAGCUGGAGGAGACAGUCUGGAAACCCAUGAAGAAGAAGCUGUUUGAGGCUGAGCUGCAGAGGGUGCAGCAGUAUGAGGUGGAUGUGACUCUGGAUCCUGAUACAGCUCAUCCUGAACUCAUCCUGUCUGAUGAUAGAAAACAAGUGUACUGUGGUGAUGUGAGGAAGAAACGUCCAAACAACCCAGAGAGAUUUUCUCUGUGUCCUUGUGUUUUAGGAGAGCAGAGUUUCUCUUCAGGCAGAUUUUACUUUGAGGUUCAGGUUAAAGGAAAGACUGACUGGGAUUUAGGAGUGGCCACAGAGUCGAUCAACAGGAAGGGAAAAAUCACACUGAAACCUCGGAAUGGUUUCUGGACUGUGUGGCUGAGAAAUGGAAAUGAGUACAGAGCUCUUAUUGGUUCACCACUCCCCCUCUGUCUUCAUCCUGGUCCUGAGAAGGUGGGGGUGUUUGUGGAUUAUGAGGAGGGUCUGGUCUCCUUUUAUGAUGUAGGUGCUGCAGCUCUGAUCUACUCCUUUACUGGCUGCUCCUUCACUCACAAACUCCACCCAUACUUCGAACCCUAUAUGAAUCAGGGUGGUAAAAACUCUGCACCUCUGAUCAUCUGUCCUGUCAAUCAAACUGAGUCGAUCAACGACUGAUUUUAUUUGAUGAAUGAUUGAUUUUUCUUGAAGGGAACAAAUGAACAUAUUGAGUGUAAAUCCUCUACAGUCUCCAUGUUUCUAUAGAAUCUGAUCAUCAGGACUCUGAUUCACACUUUGAUUCUCAUGGAGUUUGAUUUGAACAGAAGAAAAGUUGAAUCAGGAAAUGUUCCCACUGAUGGAGACUCGAGCUGAAGAGCAAAUAUCAGAGAAUAAAUGUCCAAAAGCUUCAUUUACAAUAAAGUUUGUUCAACGCUUUGAGUGAAUCCAGACUCAUGUGUGGCUGUUAUACGGAGCAUCAGAGUCCAGCUGAGUUAUGUUGGAUACAAACUGCUUAUUUUGGCUCUGUGAGGAUUUUUGUUCACUGAAAACUGAUAAGACGGAUAAUAUUCAAAGAACUCUGUAGAGAUUCAUGCAUCCAUGUUCUCCACCUGCAGGUGUGGAGGAGAAAGGUGGAGCACAGACUGCUGCAUCCUUCCAGUCACAUCAUUUUGAUGAUUAUAUUUCCAUGUUGUGAUGAUUUGGGUUAAAGAGAAACAGAGUUGAACGGCUGCAGUCACAGCAUGAAUAAGAUGCUGAAGCUGAGCUGUCAGUGAACAUGUUUCACUGUGAUUUGAUUUGAAGAAUAUAAAGUGUGUGUGGCUGCUGACAGCUGCAGUCUCUGUUAGUCUGCAUGUUCAACACACACACAACUUUCCCCCUGAGGCAACGAUCCAGCAACAACACAAAGAACAGCUGCAGACACACACACACACACACGCACACACACACACACACACACACACACACACACACACACAAUUGUGCAUCUCUUUCAGUCUGAACUCUCAAACACACAAACAAACAAACUCUAUCAAUGUCGUACUGUUAAAGAACACUUUACUGUUUAAGGUGGAAUUCCUCCUUCUUCAGUAACAAUGAUUUGAGGUCACUACCAGUGUCUACAGUGGUUUUAGCUAAAACAUACAAUAUACUGAAACGUAUUUUUCUUUAUGCCGUACAAACUAUUUUACAAGAGCUUUGAUCACAACAUCUUUGCGAUUUUCCUCCAUUCGUUUAUUCCGAUUAUUUUAUCUGGUUUAACUAACAAAGGCUUAAAAUUUCACUUAAUCUGACCUUUGACCUAUUUAUUCCUUUAACUCAUAUUUUCAUUUCAUUACAUAAUUUUCUGAUUCAUCUUAAUCCUUAAUCUUAACCUUUGACCUAUUUCCAUGUUAGCCUUGAUAAACCUUGAAAUUUCUUUCACCUUUAAACUUCAGGCUUAAAUUAAACCUUUGUUAAAAACCUUCUUACUAACUUGUAAUUCCAACUUUAUGUAUUAAACAUGUAUCUUAUCAUAUAAACACUGUAACCUCUCACCGCUCACAUUUUAAUUUGGUUUAUGUCCAAUUUUGCAGCUUUUGAUAUAACAGGCUCUGCGUACCUUUAUUUUGAAGGCCGUCUGUGAGGGUGAAUCAGUUUCCUCCACUUCUGGCGUCUGACAGCAGCUCCGUCAGGAGCCUCUCCAAUCCUCCUUUUCUCCUUUCCAACCCAAAAAAUCACGUCGGGUCACCAAUUUGUUGUGUUCAAAUGUUUUCAGAAGGAAUUCAGGAGAAAAAGAUUUAAAAAGAUUUCCUUCAGCAGGUGAAAUGACAAGUUUACAGGAUCCCAGUGUGACAACAGUCUGCCUCACACCAAGGAUCAGCCUGAAACAGUCGUACAGAUAAGAUUAUUCUGGCUCUCUUCUCCCAACAUGAACGUACAACCUCAUUAGUUUCCACAACUUAACUAAGUAAUGAUUCAAAAAGAAGAAUUCACAGCAGUUCCUGUAAUGGCAUCAAAAUAAGCCCAACUUUUAUUUUGAAAUGCAAAACAGUAUGCUUAGUAAGGAUGCUUGUUUCCAGUCCAGGCAUCACUGCCUGAAUGACUGUCAUAGAUCGAGGUGGUCAAAUGUAAGUGCUGAAGAAAGUCUUUAACUUAGUAACAGUGGAUGUGGGUUGGACAUGCAAUGACCUUUGACCUGCAGGUGACCGUCUUCAAGAUUCAAAGAUUCAAGAUUCAAAGUGUUUAUUGUCAUGUGUCACAAGAGAAAAGGCAUUUCUCUGUGCAAUGAAAUUUUUUGCUGUCCACCCACAGAUGCUGAUUAAUAUAUACAAUAGAAAUAGAAAAUAUAUAAAUACUUCUGUGACGGAGGACUCAUCUCUGCUGGUGUCCUGCAAGCAAACAAUCAGAUUCUUUAGAACAACAACUUAUUUGCUUUAUUAAAACAUGUUUUUUCUUACAUUCAGCGUCCCCCUGGUCAGUCUGGAUAGCUCUGACCACCACCCCACACACGAUAAUGUCAUGAAAGCAUAUUUUUAAAAAGGGCUCUGCAAACAUGGCCAAUAACUUAUUCUGAUGAUCUGCAGAAUAAUUUGGGCACAAAACUAAUUUCACUGUUCAAAAACUUGCAGACUUCACUAUAUACAGUGCAGACAGUGUGGACCCUCUAAACUAAGUCUGUGGGAUAUGAUCUUUGAAUAAAUGCAGACCAAACUGUUGUUGUUUGUUUACUUACACAGCAUGUCUUGUAGAGUUUACUGGUUUAGUUUAGUUUUUAGAGUAUAAGUGAAGCCAUUUUGCUUUUAGUUGGUGUUGUGCUGUGUUAACAUGUGUCUUCUUUAAUAAAGUUUUCCAGUCCAUGGAUACAUUUUA